AAUUGAAACCAACCCUAAGCUCUUUUUAUCUCCGCCCUAAAGGUAGCCAGUUUAAAUCUAUGAAACACAGGAUUGAUGGGAUUGACCUAGAGAAAUUUACAUACAGCUACACUGUGGUUGAGGGAGAUGCCUAGAUGAACAUUUUUGAGAAAAUCUCUAAUAAGAUUGAAUUCGAGGCCUCCCCUGAUGGAGGAUCGGUCUGCAAGAGCAGCAGCACUUACCAUACCAUUGGUGACGAUGAGAUCAAGGAAGAGCACAUCGAGGUUGGAAAGGAAAAGGCCACGGAUGUUAAAGGCUGUUGAAGCCUACCUCUUGGCGAACCCCGACACCAACAAUUAGGCCACCUUUUUUUUAUGAUGAACUGAACUUCUUCUUGAGGGGAAAUAGCUAAAUUACCUACCUUAUGAACUCAUGACAAUAAAAACUUUCGUUUUUC